AUGGCGACCAGCGAUCCGGUCCUGAAAUCCAUCCUUCGACCACAGAGACCUAAGAAGAAGGUUCCUGAGAUUUCAGAGGAGCAAAAGGCGCAAAUCGAGAAGGACAAGCAAAAUCUCGAAAUCGCCGUGGCACAUGCGAAUUUGAUACAGCAUCAGAAGAAUGUCGAGGGGCAGAUUCUCAAUGCCAUUACUGCACUCAUAGACUAUCCGGCGCGGGAUGUGUUCACGAGUCAAGAGGCUCUCACCUUCACAGGCCUGGUGAAAGCCUUUCAGCCAUCUGACUACGACAGUCUGAUUGAAGAGCGCCGCAUAGACGGAAGAUGCGGCUAUACGCUAUGUGCUAACCAGCCCCGCUCCAUCACUAUGGGUGGCAGCGCGGCAUGGAAACUGAAGAAGGGGGCCCAAGAUUGGUGUUCAGAUAGUUGUGCCAAAAAGGGGCUAUUCAUCAAGACACAGUUGAGUGAGGUCCCUGCCUGGGAGCGAGCACGAGACCAGCAGCCGGAUGUUCAACUUCACGAAGAUGACCUCCCCAAAGACAGUGAGACUGCCCUCAGACGAGCUAAGAGGGCAGCGAGGGUGGACGCGUGGCGGCAGAGGGUGGCGGAUGAUGAAGAUUUGGCGCAGGAAAGAGGAGAGAAGCCCACGAGUUUCAAGCCCAAUCAGGUGAUGACGACUCUGAUUGUGGAAAAGAAGAAGACAUCUCCGCCUAAACCACCCGAGCUUGACGAAGAGUUUGCGAGUCCAUACGAUCUGAUUGAAGGUUAUCAGCCCAGGAACAUUGCCGGGAAGAAUUCGUCAAGCAAGAAGAUGCACGAGGAGAGCGAUCAGGACGACCCGGAAGACAACGAUUGA